AUGCCUCCUAAGAAUAGAAAAUUUGAAUGUGGAAAUGAUAAACGUAAGAAAAAGAAAAAAAUUGAAGUGUUAAUUCAAUCUCAAGUAGGAGCUCUUGAUAAAUUUUUAAUCAAAGAAUCACAAGUUUCAAAUGAAAGUCGUUAUGUUGAUAAUAUUGAUAGUUUGCCUAUUGAAAAUGAUAAUCUUGAUAGUGUGCCUAUUGAAAAUGAUAAUCUUAAUAGUGUGCCCAUUGAAAAUGAUAAUCUUGAUAGUGUGCCCAUUGAAAAUGAUAAUCUUAAUAGUGUGCCAAUCGAAAAUGAUAAUCUUGAUAGUGUGCCAAUUGUUGAUGAAGUUAAUAAUGAUGAUGAUGCCGAUGAUGAUGAUGAUGAUAAUGAUAAUGUUGAUUAUGAUAUAUUUGAUCCAAGAAAUUGGGAUCGUCUUCAACCUAAACUGAUUGAUUUAUUAGUUGUGAAAGGUCCUAAAAGAGAUAAUUCUAUUGUGAAGGGUCCUAGAGAUAGUUUGAAUAGACGUUUUACGACUAAUUUGUAUACUAGAGCUUUAGCAAAUGGAGAGGUGUGUGAUAGAGAUUGGCUUGUUUAUUCGAAAGAGCUUGAUAGAGUAUUUUGUUUUUGUUGUAAUGUUUUUAAAAAUGGGAUUGUUAGGGGACAAUUAGAAAAUGAGGGUUAUAGUGAUUGGGUACACGUUGGUGAAAGAAUUAAAGAGCACGAGUUAGGCAUGGAACAUGUUAAAAAUAUGACUACUUGGUAUGAGUAUCGUAAAAGGCUGCAAAAAUUUCAAACUAUUGAUAAAACAACUCAAAGAUUAAUUGAGAAAGAAAAAGAUCACUGGAAAAAUGUUUUAAAAAGAGUUAUUUCAAUAGUGAAAUUUCUUGCUAAACAUAAUUUAGCCUUUCGUGGUUCUAAGGAGAAAUUGUACGAAGAUAGCAAUGGAAACUUUUUUGGUUUGAUUGAAAUGUUAGUUGAAUUUGACCUAAUCAUCCAAGAACAUGUUAGACGUGUUACAACUCAAAAAGUUCAUAUUCAUUAUCUUGGGCAUAACAUACAAAAUGGGUUGAUUUCAUUGUUUGGUUCUGCGAUUAAAAUUGAAAUCAUUAGAAAAAUCAAACAGGCAAAGUAUUUUUCAGUGAUACUUGAUUGUACUCCUGAUGUUAGUCACCAAGAGUAG